AUUUAGAGGUAUCCAUCAGACAGAGAGGCAGACAAGGUCCGUCAAUGGCUGACCUGAGGAAGGCAGGCGGCGGUUAAAGUGCGCCGAGUAGAGAGAGAGAGAGAGAGAGUGUGUGUGUGUGAAAGGCCUCCCUCUCUCCUCCCUCCACUAAUUAUCCUCGAAGAUAUUUUCUUUCGGGUUAGCGAGUACUACUGAGAACUAACUACUGCCUGGAAGGAAAACUGAUGUGCCCUCCCUAUUCCAACUGCGCCGCCCUCCUUCAUCAGCAAUGGGAGAGCUUGUCGAAGUCAGGGCCCAAUUGGACCAACCACAGGAAAGGAACUCCACGCCCACGCCCACGCCCGAUGCCUCUGCUUCCUCUUCGGUAGUUCGGUGGGAGAGGUUUCUGCCUAAGCUAUCGGUGAGAGUGCUCUUGGUGGAAGCAGACGACUCCACCAGGCACAUAAUUGCUGCUCUUCUCCGGAAAUGCAGCUAUAAAGUUGCUGCCGUUCCCGAUGGCUUGAAAGCAUGGGAAGUAUUGAAAGGAAGAUCACGCAAUAUAGACCUUAUUUUGACGGAAGUUGAACUGCCCUCGAUCUCUGGAUAUGCGCUGCUCACUUUGAUUAUGGAGCAUGAUGUCUGCAAAAAUAUUCCGGUCAUAAUGAUGUCAGCACACGAUUCAGUUGCUACAGUUUACAAAUGCAUGUUGAGAGGUGCAUCCGACUAUCUUGUCAAGCCUAUAAGGAAAAAUGAGCUGAGGAACUUAUGGCAACACGUCUGGAGGAAACAAGUUUCAAGGAGUGCCGCUGUCCUUGGACCUCCAGAUGAGAGUGUCGGUCAGCAGAAGAUUGAAGCCACGGCUGAAAACAAUGACGUUAGCAACCAUUCAAGUGGUUACAUGGCCUGCAUUCGAAGAAAUCGUGAGUGCAUUGAGAAAGGAAGUGAUGCACAGACUGGCACAAUACUUUGUGUUCAUCUGCAGAGCUCGUGCACUAAACCAGAAUUGGAGAAUGAAGGAGCAGAUGCAGAGCACUUUCAUUGCCCCUCACAGCCAAAGGCAUCAAGAUGUCCAUCCAAUGGUUACAAAAUUCAUGCGAAACAAGAAAAAAUCCAAGCACAUGAGGGCGGAGGAUCUGCAGCUGUGGCUGCUGCUAUAGAUGCUGAUGCCAAUGAUAAAACCUCCAAUGAUCAUCGUGUUUGCAACAAAUCUUCUUCUAGAAAAGUUAUUGAUUUGAUUGGAAAUUUUGAGAGCCAGUUAAAAGGGGGCACGAUUGAAAGCCCUGCCUCAAAUGCCAGCACUAAUAAGUUUGAUAUAUUACCCCAGUUGGACUUAUCUUUGAGGAGAUCUCAUCCCAGUAGUUCUGUGAAUCAAGUAAAUGAUGAAACCCGGAGGCUAAAUCAUUCUGAUGCAUCUGCCUUUUCUAGGUACAUAGGCAAGCCACUGCAGUCUCGCAACUCUACAUCACCGAGCACCUGUAAUCAACACAAGGAUCGCGAAACCAAUUCUGACAGACAAGUAUCCAAUCAGGCCCCUGAUUAUAAUUCAGACACACACGCGGCCUCAUUUCAACCAGGAUUGCGUAAGGUGCCAUUUCCCUACAAUCAACAAACAGAAAUAUCUCCACCUAUUCCUGUCAGUGGAGUAAAAGGAUUUGGGAAUGUUGUAAAUGGAUUAAGUCCCAUGAUGCCUCAAGUGUCCCGUGUUCCAUCAGGCCUCUCACCUCUGCCAAAUCCAACCACAGCCACUUACCCGCGCCAUUUCCCUCAACUUAGUAACAAUCCUUUCUACCAAGCAGCCUACCGACCUUCAAGUUCUCCCCAAUUCAAUAAUCUUCUGGAUCAAGGGACAGAUAGUAAACGUGACCAGAAAUUGGAAAACUUGGAUCAGUGCCACCUCCACGCAUCAUCAGCUAAUAAUAAUGAUCAGAGUGGUGGUAACAGCAGUAGUUUCUACAAUGGCCACCACUACAACAGCAUGAUCAAUUCCAUGCCGGAAUGUGGCAGUGAAGAUGGUUUCCACGUUCAGGAGGGAGCAUCACAUCGGGCCAUACAACGAGAAGUGGCCCUCACAAAAUUCAGAAUGAAGAGAAAAGAGAGGUGCUUUGAGAAGAAGGUACGCUAUGAAAGCAGAAAAAAGCUGGCUGAGCAGCGUCCGCGUGUAAAGGGGCAGUUUGUUCGCCAAGUACCUAAUGAUUUACCGCCAGGGAGCUCAUCAGCUGCGUAGGCUGGCAUGUCUGCCAUGCUUCCCACUCUGAUCUGAAGAUAUUUUGUAAGAAAUAACUAAACUGAUCGAUAGCAUAGAUUUUUGGGCUGUUUAUAAUAUAUAACAGUUUGCGAAAUCACACUGGCCAUGCAUACAGCGUGAUAGCUGAGCUACUGUAUGUAUAUAUUAGUUACAGUACAUAGGAUUGGGGGGAGGGGGGGAGGGUAUAGGGAGAUGCUGUUCAUGAUACACACACACACACACAUAUAUAUAUUGUGUUUUUGUAUUUUUAGGCCUUUUUUUGGUCUGUAAUACUGCUGCUUAGUGUAAGUGUAGAGCUAACAUGUACAUAUCCUACAAUUUGGGUUUUGUAAAUUUGAGUUGCAUCAAUUUGACAAUAAUAGAGAAUGUUAUAUCCUUCUUGGAUUAA